UGUGUAUGAACUUUUCUACUUUUGUAUUAUUUCUUCUUUUUUUUUUGGGGGGGGGGGAGAUGGGCUGGCGCCUGGCAGGCACUUCCCAUCUACUUUAUUGCAUUUUUAUACAACAAUAAAAUUACAAAUCAUUAAUAUCAACUAAAUUGAAGUAAACAAUGGAUGUAUUCCCUUGUCGCAUUGAUUAUAUAUAAUUAUCAAGGAUUUUUCUGUAUAUUACCUUAUCAACGAUCAUAUUUUUAUUAAAUAGAAAGUGGUACAUUUUGUGGUACAUUUUUAAAAUUUAGUGGUACAAAUGGUACUUUUUCGGUGCAACAUGCGGUACAACUUUUUUUUUCGAGGUGGCAACACUGCAUACCACUAGUCUCUUUGGGCCACAGCCUCUAGAGCCCCGUCAGUGGUAGUUGUUAUCAGGUGUUGUUUAUUGUGUUGGCCGUCCUGUCACCAGGGUGGGAGUUAGAUCCUGUCGAGUUGCCUUGACUUCUGCAAGAAGGUUUGCGUGCACUUGAGGGCUUGGAAGGCUGUGUCGGGGCUGAGGGCGUCGCUGCCCAGCAGGUCCUCUAGGGUUGGCCUGUGAAUACGGAGACUGGUUAAGGAUACCUUGAGGUUGGUGCGGACUGCGGAGGGAGUGGAAUCUUGGGCCGUGGUAAUCCUUGGCCCCCCACCUCUGGUCCUCCUCCCCUCCUUCUUCGCCAGAUUAUCGUACUCAAGAGCCGCGUAAUUACCGGUUUCUGGCUAUAACUGUUGCCAACAAGCACCAAUAAUUAACCAUUUAAACGAUAUCCAUAUAUGAAUGCAGUUAUUUGGGUGAUGAAAGCAGUUUAUUGGGUCGGAAAUCGGCAAACUUAACAGGCUGAGUACGACAAUCUGGCAACGUUGCUCGGGGGGACCGAUUUUUCCAGUAUUUUGGAGUGGGCCGAGUAGCGCAUGUAAACACGGCUCGGCGCAUGCGCAGUAGAGGUGGGAACAGGGGGGACUGCAGCCACACGGGCAGUCUGCUGAUUGCGUCGCGCGGCUUUUGAAAAAGAAUAUAGGUCUACCGUCUAUAGGUGCCUCAAGAAGAAACAUUGGGAGCGUCUCUGCCCCCGAGUUCCGGUUCAUCGACGGCUGGUGUGGCAUCCGGCACGAGAAGUGGUGUCCGUAAUGAGUGUUGUUCUUGGCACUAAAUCAUGGAAAAGCAGCAGUGGACCACACCCGUCUGGAGCAAGAACGCACGUCCUUUCUAUGAUGGAACGAGAAAGGAUAUGCAUUACACAUAUCCAGACUGGGGUAAUGCAGGACCUGGUGUCUUUCUACCAGCUCAACAUAUGAACAGUUUGUGGUUGGAACCCUCCAUCUCCUCAUCAAGUUCUUGUUUUGAUACACUGAAGGAUAUCCAGAAGAAAUUUCCCUUACAGGAUACCCUGCAGCAUUCUUAUCCAGUUCUUCAGCCACAAAAGUUGUACUCACAGCACAAUUUUCAGUACACCCUUGCUGGUAAUUGUCUUGAUGCUGUGGAAAUAGGUGGUCAGACUAUGGUAGUACAUGUGAAAUAUUCCAGUAAUGAUCAAGCAGUGGUGGCUUCUAGACUGGUGCCUGGAAGGUAUUUUCAGAAUGACAAACUCAUGGAAGGGGAUCCAUAUUUUCACUUGGAAAGACAAAAUGAUGUUUUACUUGAUCAGGAUGUGUAUCAAGUUGUGGCAAAAGCAUUGCAUAAUGAUGUUCAGGUUCUUGUUAGAACCCCUACUACUGUGCAGCUGUCUAGUUUAAGGCAGACAGGGUUUGGGAAAGAAAACCUGGAGACAUUAAGUGGUUCCAUCACAUCUGAUGCAGCUCUAAGCAAUGCUCAACCUGGGUUGUGGUCUUUGGUCACAGUAACUGGGAAAGUCACUCUUCAUGAUGCUGAUGCUAAACAACCAGUUUGGACAACCCACUGCAAAGAAUCCAAAGGAAUUGUGAAUGCACCAGACAGAAUAUUCAAGUGUGGAUUUGGUAGACAUCCACUUUUUCUAUUUGUUGGGAAUGAGAACUCAGUUUAUUUGUAUGACACUAGAGUGCAUCCAGACUCCUACAGGACUUUAUUUGACUCAAGGAAAAUUAAGGAUGAUGAGCAUAUUUGUUCUUUUGUCUCAAGUGGUGACCAACCACACUUGUACCUUGUGAUGAAUGAAAGUGUGUAUGUGGUAGAUGACCGCCAACAAAAGACUCCACUCAUGCAUUGGAGACACAUGUUGUCAAACAGCCCAACAUUUUCAACAAUAAAUAAAUUAGAUUCUCUUGAACUUCUAAUUCUGUCUAACUCUCAGAAUAAAGAAGUAGGCAUGAUAUCUAGUGAGUGGGAAUGUGGAGGACAACAGUGUCAUGGUGUCAGUGUGCCGUGCCAUUUUCCUUUCUUCAUGACACAAGUGCUUUUGCCCAUUCUCAUGGUCUGUGGUUUACAAAUCAGGUGCAGGAGAGGUUGGAAGACAGUGUGUGGCUAGGUAUGACAUCACUGCCUCAUCCAUUUGAAAAUAACAGCUCGCUGUUUCUCUCAAUGUACAGUAGUGGAGAUAUAUUUUUGAAUACAUUUCAGACUUCAUAUACAAAUUCACACUCAACUGUAUUUAGUGAAGAUGAACAGGAAUUGAUUAUUCUAAGAAAAUGGGAAACAGAUGUUGUGGAUAUUAGCACUCACAGUUGGUCAUACCACAAUGUAAAUUAUUUUGAUGUAACAGAUUUUUGCCAGCAGAUAUACAGUAGGCCAAUUUCCAGGCAUGUUGAAAAAAUGUUAGCAACAUUGCCAAACAUAAGAUUAAGCAAUUCUAGCUUUAAUAGUGUGGAAAUCAAUGGUUUAGUAAAGAAUGAAAAGAAAGAGCAGGAAUUCUCCAACUCAGAAAAUAGUACCAAGUGUUCCAAAAACAUAUCUUAUGGGAAAAAAAAUAAUCAUGGUCUAACAAAGUCAGAGAGUGAAACCCGUUUCAUAUGGAAUUUGAAGGAUCAGGUCCUCAAGUCCAAAAGCCUCUGGCAAACAAAGUUCACAGGAUGUGCAGCUUGGAGUAAAUCUUUAAUGGAGACUUAUAUCAUAGAUCCCAUUUUGGACCCUUCAAUCGACCUUCCCUUGCUCUUCAGAGACUCCUGUACUGAAGACAGUCUGGGUAAAUUCCUCCCUGGAAGUUUGCUUCUAGAUAUGAAGAUGGAUAAGAUUAAAAGAUGUAAGGAUUUUUUAUCCCCCAGAAUUAUAUCAUUGUGGCUUGAUGGAAAAAAUAUAAAUAUUAAGUAUGAAGGACUUAGGAUAGGUGAAAGUGAAACUUGUAGUACGGGACGACUUUCAGGUUUAUUAGGAGCUACAGAAGUCCCAGAAAUAAAGAAUGAAUUUCAAUAUCACAAUGCUCCCCUAGAUAUUGCCAGGCUAUCUGCAAAGCUUAGUGCAUACCACCCGGACAAUAAUAGUGCAAAUCAGAGCCUGGAAGUGGAUAAACUUUAUUCAUACCAGAAUUUAAUAUCCCUGUAA